AUGCUCGACGGCGCAAACCAGGUGCCGCCGCUCUCAGAGCCAGAGGUGGGCGGAGCCACAGGCAUGUUUGCCAUGUGGGCCGCCCCUGGCAGCAUGAUGGAGUACUCCCUGGAGGUCUCAAGCAUCCAGAACCUGACCAUGGCUCACAUCCACGUGGGCAACGCCUCCACCAGCGGCCCCGUGGCCGUGGUGCUGGUCCCCCAGGGAGGCAUGGUCAUGGACGGCGCCCCCCCCGUGCUGCCCGAGCCCGUGUCUGGCUCUUACGCCAUCCCCUCCGCUUUCUUCACCGCGGACGACCUGAUCAACGGCAUGAGCUGGGAGGAGUUCCUGGACGCCGCAGACAGCGAGGGCCUCUACGUGAACCUGCACACCACCGCCUACCCCGGCGGCGCCAUCCGCGGCCAGGUGGUGCCAGAGCUGGACCUGAUGUUUGAGGCUACGCUCAACGGCGAGAACCAGGUCCCCCCCGUGACCACCGCCGCCACCGCCAUGUUUAUGAUGAUGGAGGACGACAUGGGCAUGUUUGCCUGGGAGCUGACCAUCAAGGGCAUCGAGAACCUGACUAUGGCUCACAUCCACGCCGGCAACGCCACCAGCAGCGGCCCUGUGGUGGUGGGCCUUGUGCCGGUCGACCCCGCGGAGGCCAUGCUGGCGGAGCCCGCCUCGGGCGACCUCUCCUACACCGGCACCUUCUCCGCCGACAUGCUGGCUGACGGCAUGACGGCCGAAGACCUGCGCACCGCCCUGCGCUUCGACACCGAGAACAACCUCUACGUCAACCUGCACACCACUGAGUUUCCCAGCGGCGUCAUCCGCAGCCAGGUCAUGUGGAAGGGCGUGGCGACCUCCGUCCCGGCUGAGGCCCCCGCCCCCGAGGCCACGCCCACCACGUCUGCCGCCGCCGCCACCAGCGGCAGGGGCGCCAUCCUGCUGCUGGCGGCCGCGCUGGCAGCCGCGUUCCUGUGA